ACCUCUACUCGCUGAGAGUGCAGAGUCGCAGGUCGCAGUCGCAGAGUCGCAGACGCAGAGUGUGCUACAAGUGCAGCAAGCGAGAACAGACGUAUCGAAAGAACAAACACAACUGUUAUUGCAAAGUUUUUUCUUAAAAAUUUAUUGCAACCGUGUAUCGAUUCUCGUUACGACAGAUUUCCUCUCAAACAGUGAAGUUCUGAAGAAACGUUUGAGUUAAUUAUACACAACGGAACAAACAUUUCGUAAAACUUUGAAAAACCUAACCUCGUUCUUACGGAUUUGUGUAUACCGAAUAUCUGUGCAACUCAACACGAUGGAUUACUUCGUAACGAAUAAUUCUUUAGCACCCGCACCCAUGGGUAUACAGAGUACGGCUGGUGCUGUUCCUAUCAAAAAUGACAAAGGUGAGGUGUCUAUGAAAAAAGUCAAAGUUCAUCGAUACGUGUCCGGCAAGCGUCCUGAUUAUGCUCCUGCAGCAAGUUCAGAAGAAGAAUCAGAGGAGGAUGAUUUCAUUGACAAAUAUGCCCACAAAUCUUAUGAAGAGGAUGAAAGUGGAUCAACUCAGGUAGCACCUUCGCAUGCCUCGCCAAGAGAACGCGAGGAAGAUGAUCCUCGUCUUCGUAGACUAACACGAUUGAAGCGACAACGAGAAAGAGAAUCAGAAGCUUCUCCAGAACGCCAUCGUCAAAUUCACGAACCAGAAAUUCUGGAAACAGAACCGGAAAGAGCGAGAGAGCGAAUCAAACUGGACAGUUCCGAUUCGUCCGAGGAUGAAGAAUUAUCUGACACAGAAAUUGAGAGACGCCGUGUGGCUCUGAAACAGAGACUUCUUUCAAAUAAGGAAGUCGACGAGGAACUUGCUCAAAACAUCGACGAAGACAAGUCUGGCGAGAGCUCUGACGAGAGUUCUGAGUACGAGGAAUAUACCGAUUCCGAGGAAGAGACUGGACCACGUUUGAAACCUGUUUUUGUACGGAAAAGAGAUCGUAUCACUGUCAUGGAAAAAGAGAAGGAGGCUAUCAAGCAAAAACAGGCCGAAGCCGAAGCAAAAAAAUUAUCAGACGAACGAAAAAGGCAAACGUUAAGAAUGGUAGAAGAGGUGAUUCGCAAAGAGACUCAAUUGCCGAAGAGUACAGAUCAAGAGUGCAAACUCGACGACGUCUGCACUGACGACGAGAACGACGAGGUUGAGUACGAGGCGUGGAAAUUGCGGGAGCUCAAGAGAAUCAAACGCGAUAGAGAAGAAAGAGAAACAAUCGAGAAAGAACGAUUAGAAAUCGAGAGGAUCCGAAAUAUGACGGAAGAGGAGAGACGACAAGAGGCACGUCUUAAUCCAAAGACAAUAACAAAUAAAGCAGCAAAGGGAAAAUAUAAAUUUUUGCAAAAAUAUUAUCAUCGCGGUGCCUUUUAUCUUGAUCGUGAUGACACGAUAUUCAAGCGUGACUUCUCCGGAGCUACGCUUGAAGAUCACUUCGAUAAAACUGUAUUGCCAAAGGUAAUGCAAGUUAAGAACUUCGGACGGAGUGGAAGAACUAAGUAUACUCAUCUCGUCGAUCAAGAUACUACACAGUUCGACUCACCUUGGAUUUCUGAGACUGCCCAGAACCUAAAGUUUCAUAACAAUCAGGCUGCAGGAAUGAAACAAUACUUCGACCGACCGUCACUAAAAAAACUCAAAAUCACCAAUUGAAACAAAUAAAAUAAACAAUAAAUUGGUUGAGCCUCGGUGCAUUAUAUUUAUUUUUUUGUACAUAACGUUCAUUUACAUAUCUUACUAUUUAUAACACCAUUUCAUUUUGGAAAUGUCUCAGGUUUACAUUAUAACAUUGUAAUCGUCAUCACAAAUAAUUGAGAAUACGAUUAAUAACAUGUCAAUAAUGUAGUGAACAAUAAAAUCUAUGAAAUUAAAAC